AUGGCCGACCACAGCUCUCCAAACUAUAAGGAUCUUUACCUUAAGGCAGAGGAAGGACGGAAGCAGGCGGAAGAACGCGAGAGGCAGGAAGUAGAAGGGAGACGGCAGGCGGAAGAACGCGAGAAGCAGGCGGAAGAACGCGAGAAGCAGGCGGAAGAACGCGAGAGAUAG